AAUUAGUCACAUAAUGGAAAGCAAAGGACUGGCACUGAAGCCACAGCCCAAGAAGAAUCUAUGGAAGCCAGAGGAAGACUUGGUUCUGAAAACCUACAUUGAAGCUCACGGUGAAGGAAACUGGGAAGCCGUUUCCAAAAAAUCAGGUCUGAAGAGAGGAGGGAAGAGUUGCAGGCUAAGAUGGAAGAACUAUUUGAGACCUGACAUUAAACGCGGAGGAAUGUCUGAAGAAGAAGAAGACCUUAUCAUCAGAUUGCAUAAGCUUCUUGGCAACCGAUGGUCACUGAUAGCUGGAAGAAUUCCUGGCAGAACCGAUAAUGAAGUGAAGAACUACUGGAAUACCCGUUUGGACAAGAGAUGCCCUCGAGGCAAAAGAAAAGCCAUCGGUUCAAGCAAGGAUCAGCAAGAAACCAGCAAGAAAUCACGAAUCAGCAACUCCGACAUUCCGAUUCCCGCAAGCAACGCAGAGACAGGGUUGCUGGAUGCGAGGAAAGAUGAGAACAAUAACAUCACACACUCGUGGGUCGACGAAACGCAGAGCUUCUACUGUGACCUAGAUUUUCCGAUUGUGCCUGGGAACAGUGCGGUAUUUGGUUUCGACGAUGAGCAUUUCAUGACCAAUUUGGAUUCCAUUCUCAUGCUUGAAACUGAAGCUGUAGACUAUGGAUGGUGGGAGUCCAGUUCACGCACGGAAUGCUUCAUGCCAUAGUGCGAAUAGCCUAACGUUACUUCAGGUGAAGAGGAAACAUAAACGAAGACGACGAAAGUGCUUCCCGCUGAAGAAGUAACUUCAUGGCAAGAGAUGAUCUAUGUAUGAUAAGAAGAACAAUGUGUUUAGCACUGAAAGUGAAAACGAGAUAUAU